AAACAUACUUGUAAAUGAUGAAAACAAUGAAAACGAUGAUGCUCAAUAUUCCCAACAGGAAAAUAUAAUGAAUACCGAAUUGAUCAAUGAUUUUGUUGGUAAAUAUAACCAAAUGAAGAGACAAUCGAAAUGGCAACUACCAUCAAAUAAAUAUGCUGAAGAUAUCAUUUUUGAAUAUGCCAAAAAUUUAAGUUAUGAGAGUCCAACUCAUAGUUUUAUUAUCGAUACCGAGAACAAGAAUAUAAAAGAAUUAUUUGAAGAUGAGGAUUGGUGUUAUAUAACAAGUCACAAUUUAUCAUCUAAUCCACAAAUUGAUGACGAUCUGAUGAAUCAUAUAUUUAAAUAUAGAAAGGUUGAAACUCAUCAAAUGCGAGAAGUUAUCAACUCAGGAUUAAAUAUUGUAUCUUAUGAUGCAAGAAAACACUAUAAUCAUCAUUACGUACAUCAGGUCUUCUCAAAUCUCCUUCCAAGAUAUGAGCUUCGUCAGAAAGACUUUACAAGUUCACAUAUAGAAGGUUGGUAUCUAACCAACAUCUGGAGUGUGAUAAUUGAUUUAUGUCUUGUAGAUAUUGAAGAAUUAGAAUUUAUCCGUGGUGAGGGAUGCUCGAGGGCUUCAAGUGAGAGAGAAAAUCGCGGUAGAGACAACACUAAUAUAAGAAUGCAGUUUGGAAGAAGAUGUGAUGGAAUAGGUAGGGUACUAGGAUCAAUUGAUGAAUUUGCAUUAAGUGAAGAAGGAAAAAAUUGGGAAGGAGAGACAGCUAUGUCCACUAUGUUACAAGCUCAACAUCUUAAAAUACAUGUCAUGGAUGUUCCAGCUGGUUAUGUUUGCAGACUUCGAAGUUCUUGCAGAACAAAAAUACCAUCAACUCUACUAGAAGUGGAUGAAUUAAUUACAAUGGUUAACGAAGUUUUAAUUGCAAAGGAUAAAGAAAUCUUAAAUAAAAUUAAUUUUGUAAGUGAUGAUGGUUUCAAAAAACAUUUAAGAGAAAGAACAAAUUUUCAGGAAGAAGAUUAUGAAUUUUUUGAUUCUCAAAAAUCAUCAAAAAAACCAAAAACCAAUAUUGAUUACUUUAAUAAAGAAUCAAUAUUUAGUGAUGAUUUGAGUGCAACAACAUUUGAUAGUUUUUUUCAAACAUACGAUUCAAAAGCACAUCAAAAAUACGAAAAGCUUGAAAAUAGAGACUUCAAAGGCUUUUCUAUACCUCAGGAUGAAAAGGAAACAAUUGCUAUUGAACUUCUAAUAAAUUUGAUGAACAAAAUCAAUGAUGACUUUACAAAAAGUCAUGUAUUAUCAUUUAAAAUUAUUGAAUCAAUAAAACAAUUUGGAUGGCAUGAUAUUGACCCAUUAGCAAACAUCUCUACAACAACUGCAUAUGAAAAAUUAAGACAAGUAACUACAAUUAUAUAUUUAUUUCAGUAA